UUGGACAUCACAUCACUCAGCCUCAGCUCAGAUUAAUUGCACACAAGCUGAAGAGCACACAGCCAUGGCCAUCAGCAGCAGCAGCAGCGGCUCGGUCGUCGUCGCAAGCAACAGGCGCCUCCUGCUCGUUGUCGCCUUCGCUCUGGCCUGCCUCUCGGCGUCGCCGUCGGCGGUGGUGUCGGCCCGCCGGCGCCCCGUGCGGCUGCGCCUGUACAUGCACGACAUCGUGGGCGGGCCGGGGCAGACGGCGGUGCGGCUGGUGAAGGGUCCGGGGCCGGAGAACCCGUCGAUGCACCCGGGGAACUACUUCGGCGACACGGUGGCGGUGGACGACCUCCUCACGGCGGGCCUCGCCGUUGACUCGGCGCCCGUCGGCCGCGCGCAGGGGACCUACAUGACGGGCUCCAUGAGCCGCCCGGUGUUCGUGGUCGCCGUGACGCUGCUGCUCACGGCGGGGCCCUAUAACGGGAGCACGCUCGUGGUGGCCGGCCGCGACGACACCUCGCUGCCGGUGAGGGAGCUCGCCGUGGUCGGCGGGACGGGGGCGCUGCGACGGGCGGCAGGGCACGUGCUGUGGAGCACGGCCAGGGUGGAGUCCGCGCUGCACGCCGUGCUGCUGCUGGAUGUGCACGCGUCCGUGCCGGCGCCGAGCAAGGCUGCUGCUGCGGCGGCGGAGUUGCUCGUCAGGUCUGCCUGACCUGACCAGUGUGAUGUGUGAUUCAGAUCGAGGUCAACGGCGCGUGAUCGAAUCGAUGAAAUUAACGAAUUUGGUUCCACGAAACUGUGUGCUUGAGUGGUUAGUAUUUUGUUGGCCGUUCUUGUUCCAAUGUGCUCUUGUAAACUGUACACAAGAAAAGGAAUAAGUGACCUUUUGCAUUGUCCUGAGUCAAUGGUUCAAACGUAAUAUUGUUGUAUAUAUAGGAGGCAAAAUUUGUUAUAGGAAAGUAAAGUUUUUACUAGUGGACACCGAAAAAUAAUGGAUUUGCUGUU